AUACUGUUUAUACGAUGUUUUUAAUGAUAUGAUACGGAUAUAUUGAACAUUAUUGCGGUAUAUAAGGCUGACCUUCCUACAAUAAUAGCUGGCCGUACUAAGUCAGUUAAAAUAAAUGUGUGCUUUGGUAGCCGCCGUUCUUCCAACUCUUUAUGAGUAUUACACGGGUAAUGGAAUCCAUACGGGACUCAAUGCUGACAAACCAUACUUUACCUUAAACAACAGAAACAUAUCCAUCUACAGCGGUGCCAUUCAUUACUUCAGAAUACCCAAACGCUAUUGGAGGAACCGGUUACGAAAGCUGAGGGCUGCCGGCUUUAACGCAGUCGAAACGUAUGUACCUUGGAACUUACAUGAACCCCAACCUGGUUGGUACGACUUCGGAGCGGGAGGUUCAGACAUGCAGGAGUUUUUGAAUGUGACGGAGUUUUUGAAGAUCGCUCAAGAAGAGGAUUUGUUGGCGAUAGUGAGACCCGGGCCAUACAUUUGCGCAGAAUGGGAAUUCGGAGGUUUUCCUAGUUGGUUUCUGCGGGAGAAGAAUCUGAAAAUACGAACUUCUGAACCUACUUACAUGAAACACGUCACAAGGUAUUUCAAUGUGCUCUUGCCUAUUCUAGCUAUGUUACAAUUCACUAAAGGUGGUCCAGUGAUAGCAUUUCAAGUAGAAAACGAAUACGGUAGUACCGAAAGAGCAGGAAAGUUUGUACCCGAUAGGCAGUAUUUAAGAGAGUUAAGGACGCUAUUUUUGAAUAAUGGUAUUGUCGAAUUGUUGCUAACAUCCGAUAGUCCUUGGCAGCACGGCAAUCGAGGGACUCUACCAGGUGUUUUUCUACAAACUGCCAACUUUAAGUUUCAAGUGAAUAAGGAAUUCGGCGCCUUGCAGAAGCUUCAACCGAAGCGACCGGUUAUGGCUAUGGAGUUUUGGACGGGCUGGUUUGACCACUGGGGUGAAAACCAUCAUAAUAGUCAUAGUACGGCCGACAUAAACGAGUAUACCACCGCCAUCGAACAAAUUUUGACGCAUCCGGCGUCGGUGAACUUCUACAUGUUCGCGGGUGGAACUAAUUUUGGGUUCAUGAACGGGGCAAACCAAAAUAAUGGAGCCACUGACAAUUCUGGAUAUCAGCCAGAUACAACGAGUUAUGAUUACGAUGCGUUGUUAACUGAGAGUGGGGAUUACACUGAAAAGUAUAGGGUGGCCAAGGAGUUGUUGAAAAAACACAACAAAAUACUAACCAGAAUUCCUCAAACUCCGACAAAAACACCAAAAAUUGCUUACAAUGCCACUCCCAUACAAAGUCAGAUGCUACUCAGCGAAUUGUUGGAAAAACAAGAAACAAAAAUCAUCAGUCCUGUCUUACUACCCAUGGAACAUCUUUCAAUCAACAAUAAUUCAGGACAAAGUUACGGAUACAUAGUGUACAGAAAAAGAUUUAUUGACAUACCUGCUAACUCAUCUCUGCUGGUAUCAGGACGAGUAUGUGAUACUUUAGUAGUGCUGAUAAACGGUAAUUUGGUGUCCAAGCCAUUGAAUAAAGUGAGUGAUUUGAACAGUUUUGGGUUCUGGAGAGUAAAAGAUAAAAGUCUUGCUUUAGGGCCUAACCAUUACGCAGAAGCAGUUCUAGAUCUCGUUGUAGAAAACUGGGGUCGAAGUGGUUUUGGUGCUAUUGAGCAAUUUAAUCAAUUCAAAGGCCUCUGGCAAGGUGACAUCUCCUUGAACAAUAAAAAAAUAGAUGACUGGGAGAUAUUCCCCUUGGAGUUUAAAAAAUCUUGGAACCAAAACUUGUCCGGAUGGCACAAACAAUCGAAACUCAGGUCUGUAGGACCUGCGUUAUACAAAGCAAAUAUUAAUAUUGAAAAACCUGCAGACACUUACUUGGACAUGAGCAAAUGGUGCAAAGGUAUAGCCAUUGUGAAUAACUUCGUGUUGGGGAGGUACUCCAAAAUUGGACCACAACAAGCUCUAUAUUUGCCUGCGCCAUUCUUGAAACAAGGCAAUAAUGAAAUUGUGGUAUUUGAACACUAUAACCCAGCGGAAGAAAUAACGUUUUCUUCUGCGCAGAUUUAUAAAACUAGAACUGAUUCAGAUUAGUCUUUUUUAAUUAAAUUAAUGUAAAUAUACAAAAUACAUUAUUUACUAAA